AUGGGGCCUGAUGGUGAUAUGUCCUUGUGCUCAUUAAAAUUAUCUGACAAUCACCAUGGACGGACUUUUGCCAAAAGUCUUUUAAUGACUCUUCUCAAUCUUUCCUCUGGGAUAUCUGUCCUUGACCUUUCUUAUAAUAAUAUAGCAGGAUGGCUUUCUGACUUUAACAGAAGAUUCUCGAGUGAUUCACAUUUGUGUUAUGUGAAUGGAAAGACGUUGAAAAUGUUGCGUGUACUCACUCUGAGGGAAAGCAGUUUAGGAAAAGAUGAUGCAGAAAGUCUUAGGUAUGCUCUUGAACAUAUGCCUAACUUGGAGGAGCUGGAUAUAAGUGACAAUCCAAUUGAAGAUGAAGGAAUCAGGAAUUUCGUUCCCUAUUUUGUUGGAGCAUCUGACACGUGUCCUCACAUAAAUUGUCUGAAGUUAGAGAACUGUGAUCUGUCCUCUGUUGGAGUGAAUCUUCUCCUAUAUGUCCUUUCUGCUUGUAAAGCAACAUUGAAGUCUCUUUCUAUUGCUGACAACUACCUUGGCAGUCAAGUAACUAAAGCAUUGGGAAAAUUUUUUAGUACCCCAAUCGAAGUACUUGACAUUGCAGGUAUUGGUUUGGGUUCUUCUGGUUUUCAGGAGCUUCAAAAUCUAAUUAAAGAGGAGCUUAAACUGAUGAAAAUUAAUAUAAGCAAAAACCGUGGUGGGAUUGAAACUGCUAAAUUUUUGUCCAAACUCUUGUCACGGGCUCCACAACUAGUUGAAGUGAAUGCCACCUGUAAUCUUAUGCCAAUAGACUCACUGGCCGUCAUUUGCUCUGCAUUAAAGUUUGCAAAAGGUAAUGUUAAGCGUGUGGACUUGAGAGGACAUAUAUGGAACUAUAAGCCAGAGCAGAUUUCCCUAUGCAGAGAAAUUGUACAUGAUGGAUUACCUAUAUUGGUUCUUCCAUUACCAUCAGCCUCUGCUGUACUUCAUGACCAUGAUCCUUAG